AGUAGAAGCAAAGGAAUAUACUACUCUUUAUGAUUUCUCACUCUGCUCUGCAACUCGUUCUGCAUUGCCCGAAUGACCCUUUUGUUUUUCAAUUGUCAAAGUGGUUUCUAGUUGGUCGGUGGCAAAUCAAGAUACAGGUUGCAUGAGUAGCAGAUGUGACAAGUUGCUAAAAUGUGUGCCAUGUCUUUGCUUUCACCAGAGGCAAAUGCUCCGGAAUCUCUCUCACUUCACUCCCUUGUUGUUUAUUCACAAUUUUGAUUGGGAGGUUGAUACUUCCGGGAAUUCGGUAUGGCUUUUGGUAAUUCAAGAUCUGCAAGGUUUGAAGAUGAUCCGGAACUAGCAAAAUUUCCCACGACUAAGGGUGAAAAUGGUGCUAAGAUUAAAUACCACAUUGAUGGGACACAAAUACCUGAACCAAGUUCCAAAGUGUCUCACAAAAAGGUGACAGGGAAGUUCUUGAAAGCUAGAAUGUUAUCAAGAGUGUUCUCAGAAGACUACGACAGAGUAAAACGAAGAGUAUUAGAUCCUCGAGGACAAACUCUUCACCGAUGGAACAAGAUUUUCUUGGUGGCAUGUUUAGUGUCUUUAUUUGUGGACCCUUUGUUCUUUUAUCUGCCAGUUGUUCGAGAUGAAGUCUGCAUUGAUAUUGGAAUAACUCUUGAAGUUAUCCUCACAUUGGUAAGAUCAGUAGUGGAUGUCUUUUACGUGAUUCAGAUUUUGAUGAAGUUUCGUACGGCUUUUGUUGCUCCUUCUUCAAGGGUUUUUGGGAGAGGAGAACUUGUUGUAGGAUAUUCUAAGAUUGCAGUUAGGUACCUUCGCAAGGGUUUCUGGUUAGACUUUGUUGCUGCCCUGCCCCUUCCUCAGGUGUUAAUUUGGAUUGUUAUUCCAACUCUUAGGGGUUCAACCAUGGCCAACACAAAAAAUGUCCUUCGCUUUUUCAUCAUUUUCCAAUAUUUUCCGAGGCUAGUUUUGAUUUUUCCACUUUCAUCACAAAUUGUAAAAGCUACAGGGGUUGUGACAGAAACAGCUUGGGCAGGGGCUGCUUACAACCUGAUGCUUUACAUGCUGGCUAGCCAUAUUUUAGGGGCUUGUUGGUACCUACUAGCAAUAGAACGUCAAGAAGCAUGUUGGAGAAGUGUGUGUGAUUUGGAGAAGUCAUUUUGUGAAUACAGAUUCUUUGACUGCCACAGGGUUAAAGAUGCUCUCAGGGUCUCCUGGUUUAUAGCAAGUAAUAUCACAAAUUUGUGCUCACCAAAUGCAAACGAUGACUUCUAUCAGUUUGGUAUAUAUGCUGAUGCCGUGACUUCAAAAGUUACAUCGUCCGGAUUCUUUAAUAAGUACUUUUUUUGCCUGUGGUGGGGCCUAAGAAAUUUGAGUUCUCUGGGGCAAGGCCUUCUUACUAGCACAUAUGUUGGAGAAAUAAUGGUUGCCAUUGUUGUUGCAACCCUUGGAUUGGUUCUUUUCGCGUUGCUAAUUGGUAAUAUGCAGACAUAUCUCCAGUCAACCACUGUUAGAUUAGAAGAAUGGAGGGUGAAAAGAACUGAUACUGAACAAUGGAUGCAUCACAGGCAACUACCUCCUGAUCUAAGAGAAUCAGUGCGUAAAUAUGACCAAUACAAAUGGUUGGCUACACGAGGAGUAGAUGAAGAAGCUCUUCUCAAAGGACUUCCCAUUGAUCUUCGGAGAGACAUCAAGCGCCACCUCUGUCUCGAUCUAGUCCGAGGAGUACCAUUAUUUGAUCAAAUGGACGAGAGAAUGCUGGAUGCAAUAUGUGAAAGACUAAAGCCUGCAUUGUGCACCGAGGGAACCUUUCUUGUGCGCGAGGGUGAUCCUGUGAACGAAAUGCUCUUCAUAAUACGAGGCCAUCUUGAUUCGUACACCACCAACGGAGGGCGUGCUGGAUUCUUCAACUCAUGCCGUAUUGGGCCAGGUGAUUUCUGUGGGGAGGAGCUCCUAACAUGGGCCUUGGACCCGCGGCCCAGUGUGAUACUCCCUUCAUCCACUCGAACAGUGAAAGCCAUCUCAGAAGUAGAGGCAUUCGCACUGAUAGCAGAAGACCUGAAAUUCGUUGCAUCCCAAUUCAGAAGACUACACAGCAAACAACUGAGACAUAAAUUCAGGUUUUACUCACACCAGUGGAGAACCUGGGCUGCAUGUUUCAUUCAAGCCGCCUGGAGAAGGCAUAAGAAACGGAAGGAAGUGGCUGAACUGAGGGCGAGGGCAACUAAUAAUGCUGACCCCGAAACACCAACCUAUGCAAAAAGGGUUGCCAUCACUACUAGGAAACCUCUCAAUGUCAACAUGCAUUCUUCCACACAUUCUGGAGUUGUCAGCUCUUUGCAGAAGCCAGAAGAACCAGAUUUCUCUCUUGAUGAAUAACAUUAAUGCUCCACUCUACUGUACAUUGUUAUCCUAGCUAGUCUCUUCAUCAAUAAUAUGUACAUUAUUUUUGUUCUUCAUUUUUCUUCAUAUAAAUUCUCA